UCUAACCCAGCACCUAUAAUUCUUCACGGAAUUAUUCCUAUCGAUCCGAGCCUACGGUGAAGUCUACGUUAUGAGACUCGUGGGGUGUCUCGGACGUCACGAUGGGUACGAUAUCUCAAUAUCACGGUAGCUUGGUUGCCUUUGAGGGGCCCCAGGAUACCGUCUCAACUCAACUUCGACUACUUCCAAGCUCACCAAACAUCUUGAUUAUACCGCCACUUCGAUAUUUCUUGAAAGAAGAAAAUCCCGAGGCUCCCUUCGACGCUAGGUCGCGAAUCCUAGCAGUGCAUAAAGCAUGUCGUGAUAGAGCUGAGAUGGCGCAUGCAUUCUUGCGCGACUCUACACCGAGUAAUAAGCGGCUAGUUUUCAUGAAUGGGGGCACGGCAAGUGCUCAAAUGGAAUGUGUAUCCGACAUCAGUGAAUACAUCACUGACGGAGAUUUCACAAAAGCCGAACGUAUAUUUAUUAAACUUGUCCGAAAUGGGGUCGCAGGGUUAUCUAAACGGCGUAAAGCGAGUCUGAAUUUCAAGCCCUCCCAAAUAGGGGUCACCAAUCGACAGCUAAAAGGAAGAGAUGGGGGGAUAGCCAACGACCCAGUCUCUGAGGCUAUGAGAGCUGCUGAGGCUCUUGAUCUUCAAACCGCAUUCUUGCAAACCAACACCGAAGUCGACCUCACGACUGGGAAUCGGCCCCGGAGCUCAAGCACACCGAUUUAUCGAGUGGUCGAUGACUACCAGAAUUCAACCCCUUUUUAUAUCUUUGGGGCCCGAAAAUGGCAGAGAAGAAUCUCCUUUGAUCCGGACUUACCUCAAACUCCUCGGCGGAGCCAUACAACACAAGAUCACCGAAAGAAUACUCGGCGAACACUGCACCCGGUUGGAUCUCGAGUAAACGAGCUAAGAAGUCAGCCGAACUCUCCAUUUCAGGUAGGAGAGGAGCAUCCAGGCAGGCUGUCGUCGCAUGCGACCAUUGACGUAUCGAGCCCCCAGUCAUUCAAGUUCGAUUCGACGCCUAAUACGCCAGCGAUAUGUGAAGCUCUUGUCGUUGAUGUUCGACAUUCGGUCUCGGCCGCCUCCCAUAAGAAAACAAAGUCGGUAGACCGAAUCUACUCCAGCGCUGUACGAAACCAAGACAUUCUGCUAUGUAGUUUCCCACAACCGCCGCGUUCGAGACCUACAAGUACGAUAAACAGCCCGAUAUGUCAAGGAACGCCAGCCACGCCUUUACCACGAUCACCACUAUCUCCACGAUCUCCGCGUCAAAAGUUCACAACCGAUAUCCCUAGGCCAACGUUCAGCACACCAAAACGAUCCAUGGUCAGGCGGAAUCCUCCAUCUCCGCUCAAACUGGACAAAGCACGACGACCACUGUCUUACGUCGAUGUUGGUACAAGUACCACGAGCAGCUACGUAGAUCGAGGCACAACUACUGAACCCGAGCCCGAGCUUACUAUCCUCAUAUCUCCCGAGGCAAACAUGGAGGACUCUUCAUCCAUCGAUUUUAGUGACAGUUUUGAACUCGACCCCGAUGUGCCUCAUGAAACGGUUCUGCCAAUGGUCGAAAAUCUAGUAAUACUUUUCAAGGCCGAGCAGCCGGAUUCACGGCUAGAAGCGAUGAUUCAAGCUUUUAGAGAGGGUGAAUACCCAAUAUCUACGUCGCCAUACGAGGCAGCAGUUGAGAAGAACUCUGAUCAAUCCGGUAACUUGAACCCACGGAGCAUUCCACUUGUUGACCGGAGACGAAUAAGCUACGUCAAGCAUGCUGAAGUAUCACCAGCUUGUCAUCUGGAUCCAGACGAGUACGAUCCCUUUGCGUAUGGGAAGUACCCGUGUUCAUCUCAUGGCUUAUCACCCAAGCAUGAUAGACAUGCCCACAGACCUACCACACCACCGACCCCGGCCACAACCCCGCCAUUAGCUACAAAGAAGCCACAGAAAUGCUUCCACGAUUUUACGACGACAAACUGUAGAACAGCUGUGGGCAUGCAAAACUCGCUACGAUCCAUCUUGAACAUCUACUUCCCACCAGAAGACGCAGGCUAUCACCAGUUUAACUUCCCCUUGCUCCCAGAGCUCAGUAGUCUCUGGAAACCCGUAUUCCGUGAAACAGACUCGGGGACUGUCAUACACCGAAAACGAAAGGUCGAUCUCAUCGUCGCCAUUGGAGCACAGCAAGGCGUUGACAAGGAUUUUCUCGCCGCGAUUAGUGGUUCCUUAGAAAAGCUCGGUACAAAGCCGAAUGGUGUGACCCGGAGCGGAAGACUAGAUUUGAGAUUUCUCAUCGCAAGCGCUAUGCAAGCUUUCACUUCACAGCCCCUGGCGAACCAAACUCAAGACAACCCCUUCACUAACCCGCUACUCUUGGCGACGUUAAUUAUACCUCAUCUAGAGACGUAUAUGGCCGCUCAUUCUGCAACUCGGUUUCUUUUGCUCGAAUAUCCCCCUGAACACUUGGCAACUGUUCUCUCGUUGCAACGAUUAGUAGGCUCGGACCUCUUAAGAGUCGCAGGGAUCCUACAUUCCGAAGAUAUAGAACCAAAGCUAAACUCCGGGGUCAAAAUCCCCACGCGGAGGAACACACAUCUUCGCAUGAAUUCGAAGUCUAGAAUGUCGACAAUUAGUACAAGGACGGGCGCAACCCUCCACACUCCUAUUGAAAUGAAGCAAGAGGCGCCCUCAUUCUCGAAGGCCAACUGGCUUCUUCCUUCGUCGGCUAGCGAGUCCGAGAUCGCAACUCUGAUCUCCACGAUCUGGCAAAUCCUUAUUGAUAUUUCAACAUUCUACAUUCCGGACGGAGUAGCCCCUAGGGCCUCGACCCAGAUCGACGGGGAGUUAAGGCGAGGCUCUAGGCGCGAAUCUCGGGGCAAACCACUAGUCCAGACGCCCCUAAUCAACCCAAAUCAAGACUCCGCUCCUCUGUCUAACGCGGCCGCUAUCAUGGGCUUCCAGAAACAGGUAGCCGAAGCCUCGGCGCAAUAUGAGGCCACUCCACCCCUACCUCCUCCCAAACAUAAACAUCGAGCGGUAGAGUCAACGCGAGACGCGCCGCUCAAGUCGUCCAAGGGGUCCAUAUCAGAGACCAUUAAGAGCAGCCGGACGAUGAAGUCGAUGAAGAGUCAGCGGAAUAAGCUACGACAUAUGCUCGGGAGAGAAGCGGACGUGGACAACGCCUCCAAUCGCGCAGAUACGACGUCCGUAUACCAGGACUACUGGGAUGAGGAAGAUGAUUACUUCGCCGCCGAAGAACGCAAGUAUAUGCCCCUAUACGGCAGGCAGAACGGCCCAAGGAAGGGCAAUAGUCGGAAGGCGUUGAAGUGGCUGGGUCUCGCAACUUAGGUAGAGAACCCUGCUCUCGUGGGGAUACCUACUGGCUAGGUACUCCCAUGCAAUUUUUCUUAUCUUGAUUUUCCUUUUCUAUAUUUUCAACGUC